GUUCUGCGCAUGCGCGAGACGCUGUCUUGUCACCCGGCUUGGGCGGCGGCCAUGUCCCCUCGUGUCUCUGUGCCCGUCUUAAAAAGGGAAAGCAUCUCUGCUUUGGGGCCGGGGGACGCGAAUCUCCACGUCGCUGUCGCUGCCGCUGCGCGGGUCCCUGGAUUUCUGCGCGCUGGGAGACAUGGAGGCAGCAAGAAGAGCUUCUGGGUCACAGAAAAAUAUGAUGCAGGACUUACUGACCUUUGAAGAUGUGGCUGUAUACUUUACUGAAGAGGAGUGGGCUUUGCUGGAUCUUAUUCAGAAGGACCUUUACAGAGAUGUGAUGCUGGAAACCUUCCAGAACCUGGCCUCACUAGGGUACCAGGUACCCAUACCUCCUCAUCUGAUCUCCCAGUGGGGACAAGAGGAAGACCUGCUGAAGGUAAAGGGAGGACUUAUCCAGGGCACUUGUAUGGAAGAGCACCAAGAAGUUUCAGGUUUUGAGACUCAACUCAAUACUAGCGAAUUAGUUGCUUUUCAAGAUAUCAAUGGAGAAAAAAUAUCCAGGGAACAGAAAACAGUAAGAUUCGAAAGAACUGGUUCCUGUUCCUUUAUUUUACAUGAAAAUUGGGAGCCCCAUUGUGUUGAUGAGCAGAACAAAAGCCAUGAGAAACAUUUGAGUCACAUGGUGGAGAAUGUCUAUGAAUGUAAUGAAGAAAAUCAGUGUGAACAAAUUCCACAUCUUCAUGUGCUCAAGAGAACUACUGAAGUAAAAUCCUAUGAAUGUCGUGAGUGUGGAAAGGCCUUCAUGUUUCAUUCAUCCCUUAAGAAUCACGUCAGAUCUCAUGCUGGAAGCAAACCCUACCAGUGUCAGGAAUGUGGGAAAGCCUUCCAUUUCCUUGCUUGUUUUAAGAAGCAUAUGAAGACCCCCACUGAAGAGAAGCCCUACGAAUGUAAAGAAUGUACCAAGGUCUUCAGUUGUUCCUCAUUCUUUAGGGCACACAUGAAGAUUCACAGUGGAAAGGCAAACUAUGAAUGUAAGGAAUGUGGGAAAACUUUCAGUACUUCUUCAUACCUCACAGAACAUAAAAGAAUUCAUAGUGGAGAUAAACCUUAUGAAUGCAAGGAAUGUGGGAAGGCCUUUAGUUGUUCUUCAUCACUCUCCAAGCACAAAAGAAUUCAUAGUGGGGAUAAGCCAUACGAAUGCAAGGAAUGUGGGAAGGCUUUUAGUUCUUCCUCUCACCUUAUAAUACAUAUCAGAAUUCACACUGGAGAGAAGCCUUAUGAAUGCAAAGAGUGUGGGAAGGCCUUCAGUGAGUCCUCCAAACUCACUGUACAUGUGAGAACACAUACUGGAGAGAAACCCUAUGAAUGUCUGGAAUGUGGGAAAGCCUUCUAUCUUCCCACUUCUCUGAAUACUCAUGUGAAAAAUCAAAGCAGAGAGAAACCCUAUGAAUGUCUGGAAUGUGGGAAAGCCUUCUAUCUUCCCACUUCUCUGAAUACUCAUGUGAAAAAUCAAAGCAGAGAGAAACCCUAUGAAUGUCUGGAAUGUGGGAAAGCCUUCUAUCUUCCCACUUCUCUGAAUACUCAUGUGAAAAAUCAAAGCAGAGAGAAACCCUAUGAAUGUCUGGAAUGUGGGAAAGCCUUCUAUCUUCCCACUUCUCUGAAUACUCAUGUGAAAAAUCAAAGCAGAGAGAAACCCUAUGAGGGUAAGGAAUGUGGGAAGGCUUUUAGUUCUUCCUCUCACCUUAUAAUACAUAUCAGAAUUCACACUGGAGAGAAGCCUUAUCAGUGUAAGGAAUGUGGAAAAGCCUUUAUUAGUUCCUCCCAUCUUACAGUUCACAGAAGAACUCACACUGGAGAGAAGCCUUAUGAAUGUAAGAAAUGUGGGAAAGCCUUUAUUUAUUUCUCAGCCCUGAGCAUCCACAUGAGGACACACACUGGGGAAAAACCAUAUCAAUGUAGGGAAUGUGGGAAGGCAUUUCGACAUUCUUCAUACCUCACUGUCCAUGCCAGAAUGCACACUGGAGAAAAACCCUUUGAAUGUCUGGAAUGUGGAAAAGCCUUCAGUUGCCCCUCAUCCUUUCGAAGACAUGUGAGAAGUCACACAGGAGAGAAACCAUAUGAAUGUAAGGAAUGUGGGAAAGCCUUUAUUUGUCCAGCCUACUUUCGAAGACACGUGAAAAUCCACACCAGAGAAAACAUAUGAACGUAAAAAAUACGGGAAUAUCUGCAAGGAUUUUUCUAAUCUUCAGCAACUUGUGAAGUUUCACACGGUGGAGACACCUUAUGAAUGUGAGAAAGUAGGAGAUAGUCACUCGUUCUUUUGAAGACUUGAAGUUAUCUAUGUGAAACCUUGUAUAUGUAAACCAUGUGGUAGAGCCUUCCUGAACAUUACUUCACUGACUACAUAUAAGAAAAUUAUACCAGAAAAGAUCACUUCCUCAUUUGUAGGGCAGUCUGCUGACUCAUUUAUUUUUACUGUCUUUAAUGAGAUUAAAGGUGAUAAAUUUACUUUUUCACCUAUAGUUAGAUACUUUGUAGUAUGAAAUGUGUUUGUUUUGGCUCACAUCUAAGUGUUAUUUCCAGGUUUUUUUUCUCUGGAACCAGGGAUUGAUUAUUUACAGUUUUAUAAAGCCUUUUAGACCUAAAGUUUAUUUGAAAUAUAUACAGGAAGUUCUUGAUUUCCAAACAUUUCAGUUACAAACUUUCACAGUGUAUACUGUAUAAGAUGUUGGCUUACAAAUAAAUCCACAAUGGAACUUGUUCAUAAGUCAGGGACUUACUGUAUAUAUUUUGAGACACGGUCUUGCUGACCUUGAACUCCUGGACAGAAGUAAUUCUCCUGCCUCAGCUUUCCAAGUAGCUAGGACUAUAGGCACCAUGGUGCCUGCCUGAAGGAUGGAUUUUCCAUAUGCAGGUCUUUUAAAAAAUUGUUUUCCAG